CUGGUCGGUGCCUCCCCGAAGAGCCUCUUCUACGGCUAGGUCAUCGGAUCGACCUUUGGGGCUGUGCUCUGCAUUUGCAUCUAUAAACUUUUUACAUCCGCCUAUACGAUUCCGAGUGAGACGUUUACGGUUCCACAUGCCCAGUUAUGGCUUGCAUCAGCAUCUUGCGUACGGACGCGGGCUUCCACCUGGUGUCUUCGUAUUCGCCUUGACCGGUUUUAUUAUCUCAGCCCUUUUCGCGGUCAUAAGGAUCGCAGCUGAAGGGAAAAAGUGGACCGAGCAAAUUCCCAGUGGCAUUGCAAUCGGUAUUGGAAUCUACAUCCUCCCAAUGUACACUAUUCCGCAAGUCUUAGGAGGUCUUGCACACUAUUUGUGCAAGAAGAUCUUUCGCACGGGAGAGCUUUCAGUGAUAACCAUUGCUGUUGGGCUUGUCCUGGGGCAAUCGUUGGUAAAUAUCAUCACGUUGCUUCUGGGACUCACCAGUAUUCCUCGUUCUUGAUAGGCGGAACCUAGCAUUUGUGCUCCCUAAGAGUUUCUGACUGUGAGGGACGCGCGAUGGUUACAGCUGGAUUCGUGGCCCAAUGCCGUGAAACAUGUAGAAGGCUGUCAAGGUUGGUAGCAUCCGCAGCUACAUUGACUCGUUUGCAG